AUGUCACUCGAACCGUUCACUACCCACUACAGUCUUGUGAAGCGCUACCUCGACUCUUUUCUAAUAGACCAGCAACGCAAUAAUAACGGAGGAGGAGCACGCACACGCGCAAAGGAUAAACUCGCAAAACUAUCCAGUGGCCAGUUUGGGGAACUCUCGACCGACGUCUAUGACGAGUGUGUUAGGAGGGUUGGGGGCGACGGUGAUGUCCCCUUCCUGCCAUUUCGAUCAGAGUUUACAGAGAAACGCAACCAGGCACGACAAAAGCUAGCAUCCCUCCCUAGUUUCCGAUUCAAAGAGCUAGCCGCAGAGGUCCUGUUCGAACUAGAGCGGCGGUUCCCGAUGAUCGUAGAACGAUACAAGAGCCGGCAACCACCAUCAAACGGCCCACCACCAUCACAACCCCAACAACCACUCGCACGAAACAUGACAUCCACCAGCGAUUACCGCGGGCAACAACAACAACAACCACGGUAUCCCCCCGACAACCGCGUCAUGAGCCCACCCCAAGGCUACCCCCAACCCAUCGGCCGGCCCCCACCCCAACAAUCCUACCGCCGCCCCUCCCAACCCACCCUCACCCAAAUGGAACCCUCAGCCCCACCCCGCAUCUCCCCCUACCAACCGCGCCCCCAACAACUCCCCCUCCAAUCCAUCCCCCCACCCACCCAACAACAGUACGAAACCCGCUCCAUUCCCGUCCCCCUCCCCAGCACGACGCGGACGGUACCUAGCCGCGGCGCAUCGCGGAACGCGGAACGGGAGAUGACGGGCGGUGAGGGCGGACGACCGCAGAGGGGGGAUGCGAUGACGGUGAGGAGUGAGGGGUCUCUGACGAGGGCGAUGAUGUCGCCGCCGCCUCCCGGGGUGGGGGCUGGUGGGGGCAAGUCGAGGAGUGAGUUUGGGGGGAGUGAGUAUGGUGACCGAGGGGGGAGUAAAGCGAAUCUGAGUGUGCCGCCGCCGAGGAAUGUUAGCGUUACUAGUUCUUCUUUCGACGACCCGCGCAUCCGCCCCCUCGAGUCCCAAAUCGCUUCCCUCCGUCUCGAACUCGACGCCCGCCCCCUCAAAGAAGACUACGACCGGCUCGAGGACGACGUGCUGAAACUGGAAAAAGAGCUGGAGGCGGAAAAGAAAGAUGCGCGGGAGUGGAAAAAGAAAUAUGAUGAGCUAAUUGAGGACUAUGAUGCCGUGAGGGAGGAGGUUAAGGUUGUCGGGAGGGAGAAGGAGGACCUGCAAGCGAGAUUGGAAGCGAGCUCGUCGAAAGAGCAGGCCGCAGCGGCUGAGGAGGAGAAGUUGCAGUUAUUAGAGGAUGUGAAGCUGUUGACGGAAAAGAACCAGAGUUUGCUGGAGCAGAGGGAUCGGGAUGCUGAUACCAUGCGGGGACUGAAGGAGGAGGUCCAGCGACUAAAAGCCGACCUAGCAAACGCCCUCAAAGCCGAAUCCGCCGCCCGCAGCCGCAUGGACUCUGCAAAAGGCGACCUCUUCUCCCAAUCCUCCGCCGCCCCACCCUCACCUUCGCCAACACCUUCCUCCUCCCCACUCUCCAAAAUCUCCACGGCCCUCUCCGGCCGGAAAUUCUCCCAGGAUGCGAGUCGUUCCACCACCUCCAACACCAAACCACCGCCAAUAACCGCCGACCCGUUGUUCCAAUCCUACAAGUCCGCCGCGGCAAUAUUGCUAGACACAGUACGACCCGACAACAACACGGAAUCACAACCACCCACAGCGGUACUGGGACCGUUACGCAACCUCAUCAUCUCCGUAAAAGCCAUCACCGAGUCCGCUGACACGACCGUCGACAGCCUGUAUGGCUCCACCGCGUUCGAGAUCGGCGGCACACUCUCCCGCGCUCCCCACCCCACUCUCCGCGCCGUCGCCAACGCGCGGGACACCCUCACGGACCGCUUAACCAAUCUGAUGAACGUGUCCAAGGAACACGCCAAUGGGGGCGGACGACGACGACGGAAGGGGGUUGAGCUCAUGAACGCGUUUGAGGAGGGUGUGGAGGAAUUGGAAAGCGCCGUCGUGGAUAUGUUGGAGUGUAUACGAAGGUUAAACACCGAGGGCGGGCCCGCGCGGAACAACAACAUGAACGGAAGACGAAUGGAUAUGGGGACCGAUACCUCCCCGCCCGUCACACCGCUCUCCCCGCUCGACACCCGAUCGUUCCGGAUCAAUAACACCUCACCGGACCCCAAACACCAACAGCCGUACUCCCCCACAACAACAGCCACGGUGACCUCGCCCUCGAACUCGGGACUGAUGUACACCUCGACCUCGGCACCCUCCCUCGCCCGCCCCACCGUUUCAAACACUUCCGCGCCGUUGGACCCGCUGAGUCUGAAACUCUACCUGGAAGACCAAACCGACGCCCUGGUCACCCACAUCACAUCGCUGCUCACCCAACUCCGCUCGGCCUCCACCCACAUCCCCGCCGCCAUCCCGCUCAUCACAUCCACCGUGACCCACAUCACCACACAGACCACCAAAAGCAUGGACAUGAUCGACGAGGAUGUCAGACCGCAGGCGGAGAUCUUGCUGACGAUCAUGGGCAGCGCGGUGGAGGGGUUGGAGCGCCGCGCGAGGGAGGCCGACCGCCAGGGGUGUGCGGAGGUUAGUUAUGAGAUUGCCAAGCAUGUGAAGGAUCUCGUGGCGUUGUUUGAGUAG